AUGUCUUCUCAAUUCAAAAUGGCGAUUAUACAAAAUGGAUUGCGUGGCACAUUAUGUUUCUUGAAGCCAUUGAGAUUUCGCCAAGUUCAAUCAUCUCUCAAAAGUCAUCAGUAUUCGACUAUGCCUGUUCCAAAAACUCAUUACGAAAUCGAACGAAAAUUUACCUUUUCCCAGUCUAACGUUUCUAUCCUUGAAACCAACACUGGUCCUACAAAAUUCAUGUCAAUGAAACACCUUCUUGAUCAAAAAUUUACAGACGUAUACUAUGAUGACAAGGAACGCAACUACCCAUUAACAACCAAUGACAUUUGGCUUCGUCAGCGUGACGAGAUAUGGGAAUGCAAAUGUCCCAUGAACCCGGCCGCGUCAAUGGAUAUAUAUCUUGAACUUGUAAAGUUGCCAGAUAUUGCUGAAUUUAUUCGACAAAAAUUAGGAAGGGGUGAGUCAAUUCCGGUGUUACCAGAUGAAGCAAUACAGUUCAAAAACCAUUUACUUCAACAACAUAAUUUAUCCGCGUUUUGUACUAUAACCACGACAAGGAGAAAGUACCUAGUAGACGACCAAUUUACUUUAGUGUUGGAUCAUGCGGACUUUGGACAUUCUGUGGGUGAGUUGGAGAUUACGGUUAGCAAAGAAAGUGAAAUUCCGCAAGCUGAAUUGAAGGUCGCGCAGUUUAUGAAUAAGCAUAAGUGGUUUUUUGAGACUAAGGGGGUUGUAUUUGGAAAAUUAUCGGCGUAUAUCUCGAAGUUUAAUCGACACCAAUGGGAAUGCAUGGAGCGAUCCGGGAUUUUAAAACAAAAAUUGUUUCCUGAAAGUCUGGAAGAUGUCGUACGGAGAAAUGAAAUGGGGAAGGCCAAAACUUUGUAA